CAGCCCCACCUACCCUCCAUACCCUCUCAUUCUCUAGUAUAUCACAUGGUCCAAGAAGUCAAAUAUGGCGGGCAUUUCAAGUGGACAGCUACUUCGCGUUAAAGAAUUGACUCACCUGGGAACAAGUUUGGAUGGUAAAUCAGUGAGAACGUGGGGAAGGGCAGUGGCUCACAACAUGGCAAGAAGUCAAUUAAAAGUGUCAGAUGAAGGCAUUGAGUUGAUCAUUGAUACUUCCUAUGUGGAACCAAUUGCUUUUAACAGAGGAUCAUUGUAUCAGUUUAUAGGAGAAGUCUAUGUCUAUGACAACAUUAUUCUACGAGCAAGAAUUGCGACUUGUAUUGAUGGGAUGAACAUGGAUCUCUUUAAUCAAGCUUUAGAUAUCAGGAGAAAAUAUUUGAAGGAAGAUUUACCAUCUGUUUCUUGAGAAUAUCACAAGCUUGUUUAAACAUUGUAAUGGUUUCCAGUCAGGAACCAAGUGACCAUCACUUUUUUGGCUUGGAAAUAUUGAUUGAAAAAAGAAGUGUUACCAAGCAAAUAUUUCACUGACUUUUGUAAAUUUUGUAAAUUAUAUGUUCUUAAACAUUUUCAAUCGUAAAGCUUACAAUAAAUUCAAUGGAACUGAAAAGA